AUGCAGCUGAGGAGAGCCGAUACGACUCUGGGCGAUGACCAAGAGCUCGCGAACGUCACUUACAACGAUAAAUAUGUUGUAGUCUACGACUUUGGCAGCCUAGAGCACGAGACUGCCGUCACUGAAUUUUCAGAGCUAAUCAACGACCUACAUUCUGCCGGGCUGAAUACGGAAGUCCGCCAUGGUUAUGACCAGUCCCUGCUGAUCUUCGUACAAGCGCCCAGAGAGCUACUUGGAAACACUGUAUACAAGUCGAGGGUGAAGGAUUGGCUGUACGGAAUCACCAAGCAACAUCCUGGAGGAACAGCUUCGAGUGUCGUUGCUGGCGCUUAUGAGGCUGAUGAUCUUCUGUCGGUUUUCCAUCUCGUCAACUGGCGCAAGGAAUUUGGUGGAGCAGGCAUCACUCCGGGGUUCGGGCAGUGGGAGAAUAUAUCUUCUAUCUUUCCACUUCACAAUCAGCCUGUCAACAACCAACUGCUCGCCCACCUCAGCAAACGCAUCUUCCUGGAUCUCAACGACCUUGAUCGAAUCCGUGACCUUUGGGGAGCGAAAGUAGCUUUCUACUUCGCGUUCCUCCAAACUUACUUCCGGUUCCUCGCCUUUCCAUGCGUAGCUGGCGUCUUUGCUUGGGCGGUUCUGCCACAGUACUCGUUACUGUUUGCUCUCAUGAUAGGUGUGUGGUGCACUGUCUUCUUGGAAUACUGGAAGAUCCAAGAGCAAGAUUUGGCAAUUCGUUGGCAAGUCAGAGGUGUUGGUAACCUAAACGUUAAUCGCCCACAAUUCCAACAUGAGACCACUGCAGUCGAUGUAGCUGGAAGGCUACUUCACCACUUUCCAAGGUGGAAGAGAGUUGUUCGACAGCUACUUGUUAUCCCCUUUGUACUUGCCAGUACACUUUUCCUCGGGGCACUUAUUGCUAUCGUUUUUGCUAUCGAGACAUUCAUCAGUGAGGCCUACGACGGUCCAUAUAAGUUCUACCUUGAAUACCUUCCAACAGUUCUACUUGGAGUCUUUCUGCCGUAUGCGACAAGCUUCCUCGAAGACAUUGCCGCAAAGAUGACUGAAUACGAAAACCACCGAACCGCCGACCAUCAUGAGAUGUCUCUGACGCAGAAGAUAUUCGUCCUCAACUCGAUCACGAACUACUUGCCGAUCUUCAUCACCGCGUUCCUGUAUGUUCCUUUUGGUAGCCGGGUUAUACCUUUGUUGCAGUACUGCAUCGACACAGUGACAGGCAAUAGAGAGCGGCGAGCUAUCAGCUUUACAGCCGAUCCCGAUAGGCUGCGAAACGAAGUGAUUGCCCUUACUCUGACGGGGCAAGUAUCGGGAGCGAUCGAAGAGCUUGCUCUCCCCUGGUUCAAGAUUCAGUUCAAGCAGUGGUGGCGCGACCGUCAAGCAACAAAAUUGCAUCAGCGGGGACGGACCGGCCAGCCAAUAGCACUCGACGACCCUGGAGAAGCCAAGUUCCUUCGACGGGCAAGGAAGCAAGCUUUGAGGCCUGAAUACAACGUUCAAGACGACGUGGCGGAAAUGGUCAUUCAGUUUGGCUACCUGGCCUUGUUCAGCCCUGUCUGGCCUCUCGUACCUAUUGGCUUCUUCAUCAACAACUGGUUUGAGCUACGCUCUGAUUUCCUCAAGAUCUCAGUCGAGUACCAGAGACCUGCACCUACACGAAGCGACGGCCUGGGACCCUGGGUUGCUAGUCUAGAAGCUCUCACAUGGUUUGGCAGUUUGACCAGCGCCGCCAUUGUUCACUUAUUCGGAUCCCAGAACUUCCUCAGCGAACGCGCCGGCUUGAGUCUAUGGGCCAGUCUCCCAAUCACCAUCUUGAUCUCGGAACACAUCUUCAUGGGCUUCAGAGCUGGCGUACGAUUCGCACUCGCGAAGAUUGGCUCUGAGCAAACGCGGAAGGAGAGGGCUGAACGAUACGCCAAGCGAAAGCGGUAUUUGGACGAGCUCGAAGCGAACGCAGAGAAAGCGGCGCUUCUGGGUGUUGCAGAAAUACAAAGACGAAAAAGUGUCAGGAUCAAUGCAGCUGACUUGUUCUGGACGAGGCAGGCUGAGGAAGGAGCGAGUGAGAAUGUUGGAGUUUCUAUUAUCAAGGCUGCAAAGAAUGCUCAGGAAGAGAAAGAGAUUACGAGGAGAGGAGGUAAAUUAGACUGA